AUGUCUUACGAUGAAGAGCCCUUCGAUGACUACUACGACGAGCCGUGUUUCGAUGACCAUUACUACGAUGAGCCAGAUUGCGGCGACCCUGACCCUUACUGUGACAACUGUGACGGGCCAUAUCGCGAUGACGAGCACUACGACGACCCAGACUGUGAUGACCCCUACUACGAAGAACCAGCUUAUGAUCCGUCCAACUACGAACCACCCUAUGAAGAAGGAUACUAUGAUCGACCGCCCUCUACAGAUCAGUACUGCCAUGAGCCGUACUCUGAUGACCGGUACCUCGAUGAGCCAUCUUUCGAUUAUCAAUUGUCAGGAGAGCCACCCUUCGAUUGGCAACACUCAGAUCAACCUCUCUUCGACGACGAAGACCUCCAUGGCGAAGACUUCGAUGGUCCCCCUUAUGAUAAUCAAUAUUACGACGAACCUCCGUUUAAUGGGUCAUUCUCAGCUGGGCUGCCGCCCCGCCGCCAAAGCUACGCUCCUGCCUCUUCCACUAGCUCAAGGAGUCACCAGCCGCCUGUGAAUGUCAGACGUGUAAGUCAGGUGACUGUCAACAUUCAGCAUUUCCACAACCUGUCUGUUCACGUCCACCCCUUCGCAAACACGACCUUCUCUACCAGAACACAGGACUCUGAAAAUCAGCACUCCAGGAAUCAACAACCCAAGAAUCAGCGCCCGAAGAACAACCACAGGGGUCAGUUCUCUCGUGAGCAGUACCGCAAGAAGCGACAACCCCCCAGGCAGCCCGCCCAGAAACUGCUCUGCGACUCACAGUCGGUUGGGAAAAAGUCCUCUGACAAUAUGUCUUCUGACAGCAUGCCCUCGGACGAAAUCACCACCGACAAAAUGUCCUCAUACGAGAAGUCAUCCACGGAAGCAGCUUCUCAUAACAAGGCCACCGAAAAGCAAGCCUCGGACCCCUCUUCUGCUUCUACCCAUCCUUCUCCCUCCGACCCAUCUCCAACGACUCUCCAGUCCAGUCGAGACUCCGUCUCCCAGUUCCGCACUGACAUUCUCGACUGGUCUCUGCGCAACAAACUCUCGUCCGAGACUUUCGCCGGUUGUGCAAAAUCCUUCAUGAAGUCGACAGCCCUGAAACCAAUCGGGGCAGCCAGUCCUCUGCUGAGCUGA